GCGUUCUGGGCCCUAUGGCGAGAACAAGCAGGUGAUAACAAGGGAAAAAUCAAGAAAUCUUUAUUAGAGUGGCUACGAAGAGGUUUUCAGUUAAUAGAUCAAGCCAGCAGUAAGAAGCAUCAUCUAAAAUAAUACGGUUUAGCUUGCUGCAAGUAAAGGCGUGCGCUUUCAUACUGAACUGCUGGAGUGGAGAAGGUCACCAUGAGGAGGAAGCUGACUUUAUGGGCUCGCCUCUGCCUUUUCUUGGCUCUGCUGCCUUCACAAACAGCCUCUGUUGCAGUCAUGUCAGUUGACCUGGGCAGUGAGUGGAUGAAAGUAGCGAUAGUAAAACCUGGCGUGCCAAUGGAGAUUGCUCUAAACAAGGAGUCCAGGAGGAAAACACCAAUAGCUGUGUGUUUAAAAGAAAACGAGAGACUUUUUGGAGACAGUGCAUUGGGAGUGUCUGUGAAAACCCCCAAAUUUGUCUAUAGGCAUCUUCAGAGCCUCCUUGGCAAGAUGCAUGACAACCCACAGGUGGCGGUCUAUCAGAAACGCUUCCCCGAGCACCAUCUGGUGACAGAUGAGAGUCGGGGCACAGUUCUCUUUAGCAAUUCAGAAGAAAUGCAGUACUCUCCAGAGGAGCUCCUGGGCAUGGUUUUGAACUAUUCACGUGGACUUGCUCAGGACUUUGCAGAGCAGCCCAUCAAAGAUGCAGUGAUCACUGUCCCGGCCUUUUUCAAUCAGGCAGAGCGCAGAGCAGUCCUGCAGGCCGCACAGAUGGCAGGUGUUAAAGUCCUUCAGCUCAUCAACGACAACACGGCGGUGGCGCUCAACUACGGCGUCUUCAGGAGAAAAGACAUCAACAGCACAGCUCAGAACAUAAUGUUCUAUGACAUGGGUUCAGGCAGCACAACGGCAACCAUCGUCACAUACCAGACGGUCAAAACUGAAGAGUCAGGUUCCCAGCCACAGCUCCAAAUACGAGGAGUGGGGUUUGACCGCUCUCUGGGGGGAUUUGAGAUGGAGCUGCGGCUGCAGAACCACCUGGCCAAGCUGUUCAACGAGCAGAAGAAGACCAAGAAGGACGUGAGGGAGAACCACCGCGCCAUGGCCAAGCUCCUCAAGGAGGCCCAGAGACUCAAGACUGUGCUGAGCGCUAACGCCGAAUUCAUGGCAGAGGUGGAAGGGCUGCUGGAUGACAUGGAUUUCAAGGCCAAGGUGACCCGUGUGGAGUUUGAGACCCUGUGCUCUGAUCUUUUUGAGAGAGUGCCUGGCCCUGUACAGGAGGCCCUCGGCUCUGCAGAGAUGUCCCUGGAUGAGAUCGAGCAGGUGAUCCUUGUGGGUGGCUCCACCCGCGUGCCAAAGGUGCAAGAAGUGCUGCUUAAAGCCGUUGGGAAAGAGGAGCUGGGGAAGAACCUCAACGCAGAUGAGGCUGCAGCCAUGGGGGCUGUGUACCAGGCCGCUGCCCUCAGCAAGGCCUUCAAAGUCCAACCCUUCCUGGUUAGAGAGGCAACCGUUUUCCCCAUCCAGGUGGAGUUCACAAGGGAGAUGGAGGAGGAGGAUGGCUCCAGGAUCCUGAAGCACAACAAGCAUAUUCUGUUCCAGAGGAUGGCCCCCUACCCCCAGAGCAAGGUCAUCACCUUCAACCACACUGACGACUUUGCCUUCUACGUCAACUACGGAGAUCUCAGUUUCCUGGGCCAGGAAGACCUCAGUGUCUUUGGCUCUCUCAACCUGACCACAGUGCAGCUGUCUGGGGUGGGCAGCAGCUUCCAGAAGCACACAGAUGCUGAGUACAAGGGCAUCAAUGCCAGCUUCAACAUGGACAAGAGUGGCGUGCUCCUCCUGGACCGGGUGGCGUCUGUCUUUGAGACCAUUGUGGAGGAGGAGGAGUCUACUCUGACAAAACUGGGAAAUACAAUUUCCAGCCUGUUUGGAGGGGGAUCCUCAGAACCCAACGCAAAUGUGACGGAACCAGUUCAGGAUGAGGAGAAGGUUCAUCCGGAGUCUGUGAAGGAGCAAGAGGAGGCUGCCCCCCAGGAAGAGAAGCAGGAGCCUGGGGAGAAACAGCAGCAGGAGGAGGUGGCCCCAACCCACGAGAAGACUGAGGGAGUAGACAGUAAGGCUGACCUUCAGGAUGAAAAGGAGGGAGCCACAUCUGGAGAAGAGGAGAAAACGACAGAGGAAGCGGCAAAGACUGAGGCCAAGAAGAAAGCCAAGCCUCAGAAGAAAACAGAGUUCUCUGAGGAUGUCACAGUGGAGCUCCAAAUGAAAGACAUCCUUAAACCUAAUUUCGAAGCCAUCACCUCCUCAAACAAGAAGCUCCAAGACCUGACUGAUAGAGACCUGGAGAAACAGGAGAGGGAGAAGACACUGAACAGCCUCGAGGAAUUCCUUUUUGAUACCCAGGACAAAAUGUACCAGGAGGAGUACCAGGCAGUGGUGUUGGAGGAAGAGAAGGAAACCAUCCUGGCCAGGCUGAGUAAAGUGUCGACCUGGAUGGACGAGGAUGGCUACUCUGCGUCCACCAAGGAGUUGCGGGAGAAGCUGCAGGAUCUCAGGAAGCUGUGCAAGGACAUGUUCUUCCGUGUGAAAGAGCGCAGGAAGUGGCCUGGCCACCUGGCCACCCUGGAGAGCAUGCUCAACAGCUCCAGCUUCUUCCUCAGGAGCUCCAAACUUGUACCAGAGGAUGACCGAAUCUUCACUGACGUGGAGCUGAAGAGGUUGGAAAAAGUCAUCAACGAGACCACUACGUGGAAGACCAACACAGUAGCUGAGCAGGAGAAGAGAUCUCCCACGGAGCGGCCUGUGCUGCUGUCCAAAGACAUAGAGUCCAAGUGGGCUUUGCUGGACCGCGAGGUCAACUACUUACUGAACAAGGCCACCAAGACCAAGCCCAAGGCAGCCAAGGCCGCCAAGCCCAAUAACAGCACCACCUCAGAGAGCAGCAGCAGCAAGGCCAACAGCAGCAAAAUGGAAGAGAAAGUCAUACUUCCCAAGGAGGAGACCAAAGACGAAGAGGGCGCUGAGGUGCAGCAAGAGGAACCUCCCAUCAAAGAGCCCACUGGACAGAACACAGACUCACUCAGCCAAUCACAGCCUACAGAUAAAACUGCAACUACAGAGGGCGCUGAGGAGGUGCAGCAAGAGGAACCACCCAUCAAAGAGCCCACUGGACAGAACACAGACUCCUCCAGCCAAUCACAGCCUACAGAUAAAACUGCAAGUACAGAACCAACAGAGAAAAACCAGUCAGAAAACCACAUAGGGGAUGAGUUAUAACAGCUGGAACUAAAGAGAUUUCAUUGUAUUUAUUGACGAUGUUUAAUUGUUUCCAAGUUUCCUACAUAUUUUUGGGGUUUUGUUUUUCCAGCCUUUAAUUUUGAAAACCAGAAAGUCAUUGGAUCAGCUCAGACUUCUUGAACUCUUAUUCCCACUACCUACCUACCUCUCUGUUCACCUUCAUCCCCCUCGGCGGCUGAACAUCUUUCCCCUCUUACUGACAUGAUGAGCAAGGAGCGCUGACGAAGCCUGGAGUAACCAGCGAAUGAACUGACAAGACUUGAAGUUUGUAUUCUACUAUCCUGCCCUACAGGUUUAGGCAUACUUUAGGCCACAUGCAAACGACUACUUGGACAACUGUAUAUUUGCCCUGAAUAGAACAGAAAUUAGUGGAUUUUUUUGGUAGGACUAAUAACAGGACUCAAUGUUUCCUCCACUGGAACUCUGUUGAAUUGCAUCGUUUGUGAUUUGACCUCUCAAGCAGGCUUAUGUUUUCUCGUAGCAAAUCUUGCUUUCAUUAAUUUUUUUGUGGGUUCAUUGUGUGGUUGAGAAAUAUAUCAAAGGGGCUGGAGUUUGUAUGCUCCUUUUGGGAAAUGGAAUGGGUUUUAGUUGUAUUUGAAUAUUGAAUUCCUUUAAUACCUUGUAUUGUGGCUCAUAAUGCAUAAACAAUCCGUGUUGUGUGUAUACAAUAUGUUACAAAAAGGGAAUUGAUUUUUCAUCCAAAUAUUACUGAUGACCAGUCGUUAAAUGUGUUCAUAGGUGUAAAAUCUGUAAUUAUGCUUUUCAGAACCUUCUCGCCAUGGUCUUCUGACAAUUCAUCAGUGAAUUGGCUUGAGGGAAACAUUUUUACUAAAGUACAUCUAUCUUGUUCUUAUUUCUCUAUAAAUUGUACUCCAAUACAUAAAGUUAGGUCAACUUAAAUUACCAAGGUGUAAUUUUGGGCCUGCCAUGGGUUGUGUUCAGUAGGUGAACAAAAUAAAAUGGCAUUGAUUAUUGUUCCGUAACGUUUUGUUCCGCUGUGCCCUACUGAACACAACCCUGUUCUUUGUAUGGCUGCAAGUAUGAAUUUGAGGGCUGCUCAACUGUUGCACUGACUGAAGAAUAAGCAGAUAUUAUCUGUCUCAAACUGCUUGAAUCUCUACCCGAGGGGAGUGGUUACUGUUUUUUGCAUCACCUCAGAUGGUUUGAGAGGGGGAAUAAACAAACGGGAUUGGGGAAUACCAACGCUUUUGUUUCUAAACUGUUAAUAGUAAUUUUUAUAAAUUAUGGUGAUGAACGGUGGAUUGAAAAAAAAAUUAAAAAAUACAUGUCUUUAAAAAUAAGAUGUGUAUUUGAAGACCCACUUUCAAAUGUGUAUUUGAAGACCCCUUGUAACUAUGGGCUAGGGUUGAUUCUGUAAAUCAAAUAAUCUAAGUAAUGGUUUCAUUGCGUUUUAAUUCCAGAUUGGUCUGUGUGAAUGUGUAAUUGACCAAUUUGAAGAGCAGCAGUACAGAUGAAGAGAAAUUUGACCUUUUCUAUUUUACUUGUAUAAAAGAUGUCAAGUGUU